CAUUUUGUUUUACUUGCUUCUAUAUUAUACUUUGAUUUGUGAUACCAAUAUAAUAAGCAAUAUAAAAUAAUUAAAUAUAUACUAUAAAAUACUAUGGGUGAGGAUAAAGAUCGACGACGCAGAUCCCGAUCAAGGCGCCGUUCUAGAUCACGUUCAAGAGAACGCAGAGAAAAGAGGAAGAGCAGAUCGAGGUCGCCAUCAAAGAGGUCCCGUAGACGUAAGCCUUCUCUUUACUGGGAUGUCCCACCACCAGGAUUCGAACACAUAACGCCAUUACAAUAUAAGGCUAUGCAAGCGGCUGGUCAAAUUCCGGCCAACAUUGUCGCUGAUACACCUCAGGCGGCGGUACCUGUCGUAGGUUCUACUAUAACACGACAAGCAAGAAGAUUAUACGUCGGAAAUAUACCAUUUGGUGUUACUGAGGAAGAAACAAUGGAAUUUUUCAACCAACAAAUGCAUCUGUCUGGCUUGGCGCAAGCUGCUGGUAAUCCAGUUCUCGCUUGCCAGAUCAAUUUAGAUAAAAACUUUGCUUUCCUAGAAUUUAGAUCUAUUGAUGAAACUACACAAGCAAUGGCUUUUGAUGGUAUCAACUUCAAAGGUCAAAGCUUGAAGAUUCGACGGCCUCAUGACUAUCAGCCUAUGCCGGGUACAGAGAACCCAGCUAUAAAUGUACCAGCUGGUGUUAUUAGUACAGUUGUGCCUGAUUCUCCACACAAAAUAUUCAUUGGUGGUCUUCCUAAUUAUCUUAAUGAAGAUCAAGUAAAAGAACUGCUGAUGUCAUUUGGGCAACUUCGAGCUUUCAAUUUGGUGAAGGAUUCCUCAACAGGCCUUAGCAAAGGUUACGCAUUUGCUGAAUAUGUUGACAUAUCAAUGACAGACCAGGCCAUUGCAGGACUGAAUGGUAUGCAGUUGGGUGACAAGAAAUUAAUUGUACAGAGAGCCAGUAUUGGUGCAAAGAAUUCAACAUUAGCAAUGACUGGCGCCGCACCUGUACAGCUGCAGGUGGCCGGCCUAACACUAGCGGGCGCGGGCCCGGCCACCGAAGUUCUGUGCCUUCUCAACAUGGUUACACCCGACGAGCUUCGCGACGAAGAGGAGUAUGAGGAUAUUCUCGAGGACAUCAAGGAGGAAUGUAAUAAGUAUGGAUGUGUACGUAGUAUAGAGAUACCAAGACCCAUUGAAGGUGUGGAAGUACCGGGUUGUGGAAAGGUAUUCGUAGAAUUCAACAGUAUUGCAGAUUGUCAAAAAGCACAACAAACUCUCACGGGUCGUAAGUUCAGUAACCGUGUCGUCGUCACAUCGUACUUCGAUCCUGACAAGUACCAUCGCAGAGAAUUCUAAUUGACAAUCGAUUAUAUCGUUUGGGUGUAACCGGAAGACCACACUGUCAUUAUUAAAAUCUCAUGUAAAAUGUUAAUUAUAAUAAAUUUUUUUCAUCGAUUCCUCUUGAUUAUAUUGUGUAUUUAAUAAGUAACAAUAAAAAGAUUUAAUUAU